AUGCACGCAGGCUGCUCUCUGUGGGGCAUCCAGCUGGUGGCCACCGGCGUGCAGCUGGGGAACUCCUUCUUCCUUACCGUGCUGCCCAUGGUGCUGAGGGAGCGCCACAUGGCGGCCACCAACUCCACGCGGACGGAGGACGGCUGGCAGGUCUCCGUGUCGGGCUUCUUUGUGACCUACAGGGUCCUGAGUCAGCUGGUCCCCGUCCUGCCGGGCCUCCUGCUGGCGUGGCUCGGCGACGCGGGCUGGAGGAGGAGCCUGUUGGUGGUCCCCCUGCUGGGCCUGCUGCUGUCCAGGCUGGCAGUGCUGCUCAUGCUGGUUCUGGACUGGCCUCUGCAGGUGUUGUGGGUGGAGGUGGUCCUCACUGGACUGUGUGGAGGUUCCACUGUGUUCUGCAGCGGCAUCAUGACCCUCUUGUCUUUGAGCUCUGCAGGACAGGACCGCUCCAAACUCUUGAUGAGAGUGGAGCUCAUCAGUGGACUGUCUGGUGUGGUCGGCUGCAUGACAGCGGGACAUUUGUACGACGUCUGUGGUCCCACCCUCGGACCAGGAGUCCUUAUCAUCAUGCUGUGUUUGCUGCUUCACGCCCUCUGCUUGUUCUACACCCUCUUCUUCCUGCAGGUGGGAGAUUGGCGUGACAACGAGCGCGUGCACACGCUGAACAGGAGCAGCCCAUCAACACGUCCACACAAAGUCGUAGACAUUGCACUUCUGUGGGUGGCAGGAAUGGUCUACAACGCCGUGGACUCCUCCACCAGAAACAUCCUGGUCCUGUUCCAGCUGAUGGACCCUCUCCACUGGAACGUGACCCAGGUGGGCUAUGGAAAUGCGUCCGGCUUCCUUGUGACGCUCUCAAGCUUCCUGAGUACUGUGAUCUUAUCUCGAUGGUGCAACGAUCGCACGCUCAUCACCUUAGGCCUCGUCUCCAACGCAGCCGGCAUGCUUCUCAUGGCCUUCGUCACCACCACGUACACUUUCUUCUUGGCUCGCGCGUUGACACUCUUCUCUCUGAUGCCUGUCGCCCUGAUCUCAUCUCUGCUGUCCCAGCAGGUGCACGUUUCCUCAUAUGGUAAAGUCCUAGCUUCGCUGCAGCUUUCUCUGAAAGUGUCCAGUGCAGGUUCCAACUUGCUCUACGCCAAGAUAUACCAGCAUACUCUCACUUGGUUUCCUGGUCUGGUGCUAUUAGUGUCCAGCAUUUUGUCCAUUGUGGCCAUCGUACCUAUAAGGAUAUUUGACAGCAGACUGACUGCCGGGUGCAGCUAUCGGGUCCUCUCAGACCAAAACGAGGAAGAUGACGUCUUCGUCCUGACUGAAGACCCCAGUGAGGACCAAGUCUUGCGCGAGGAGUCGCUCAGAGGCUCCGCUGUGAGCACCAGACACGCCGCCGCGCUCAUCACGCAGACUGCGCCCACACUCCGCCACAGCUGGAGACACUCUACUAACAACGCACCUGGCUUUGAUGAGGGACGACAGUAUAAAGAGCCCCAACGCUGACUCCUCGUCGUCGGAACGUCGCUCUGCUCGCAUACCCGUGUCCCAGCCUCGCUGUAUCCCUCCGCUGCCAUUUCCCUCCUGGACUCUGCUUGCUCUCCCUGAUCCUUGACCCUGUUUUGGACUUCUGGAUUUCGCCCUCCUUCAAUGACCCCGCUUGGACCUUGGACACCCUUUUGGAUCAUUCCCUUUGGACUUGGAUGCUUUUCAUUCCACACGCGCCUCAACACCCCUUACGUAUGACAUAACAGUACGUUCCGACCACAAUGGAACCAGACGGCACUCCUAAGUCUUCGCAUGGACCUCUGGCUAGGACUUCCCCCAGUGCAGACUUGUCCUCACUUCAGUCUGCCAUCCAACAACACCAGAUCCGUUUUUCCGCCCAGGAGGACAAAUUGGACGUUGCUUUCGCCAGCCUGUUGUCCAAAAUCGACAACCUCAGCACUGGUCAGGUGACACCCCCCACACCUGUCAUUAGCCCACCCAACACACUCGCCACCGGGGGAGCUACACCCCUCCGGGAACCUAAGAUAGCUAGCCCUAAAAAUUUUGAGGGAAAUUUUGAAGACUGUCGUGGCUUCUUGGUUCAAUGUGAGUUCAUGUUUCUACACCAGUGGUUCUCAAACUUUUUUUGUCAUCCCCCACUUUGGACAAGGGGGAGUUUUCAAGCCCCACCUGCCCCCAUCGCCCCAACAGAACGCUAAUGCCAAGCUUAACAUUUUCAAAUUUAUUGAACAUCAAGUAACAUCAAGUUGUAUACAUUCAAACUCAAUAACAUAAAAUAACAUCAAGUUCAAUAAUAAAUAAAAUAACUGUGCAGCUGUGGUAUAACUUGCAUCAAGUUCAAUAAUAAAUCAAAUAACUUGCCUCAAGUUCAAUAAUAAAUCAAAUAACUUGCAUCAAGUUCAAUAAUAAAUAAAACAAAAGUGUUAUAACUUGCAUCAAGUUCAAUAAUAAAUCAAAUC